AUGGAGGCUGUGGCGCUUUUCUCCUUCACUGCAUCCGAAGCAGACGAACUCAGCUUCCAGAAAGGGGACAUCGUCAAGGUGACAGAAAUGGAGGAGGAUUCAUGCUGGUUUACAGCUGAGAUCGAAGGCAAAAAGGGCUUUGUGCCAGAGAACUACAUUUCUCUCCUGCCUCAUCCGUGGUUCGCGGGCCGAGUGUCGAGACUGGAGGCGGAGCGGCGUCUGCACUGGCGGGACAGCGGAGUGUUUGUAGUGAGGGAGAGUGAGUCAGCUCCUGGAGAGUUCUCCUUAUCUGUUAGCUACGGGGACAGGGUGGAACAUUUCCGAGUGCUGGAGGGGGGAGGUCAGUACUGCAUCUGGGAUGAGUCCUUUAUUUCCCUUAACCGGCUGGUGGACUUCUACAAGACGCACAGCAUAGCUGUGGAGAAGGUGGUCUACCUCCGAGAUCCGCCUUCGGAUGUGUCAUCCCGCCAGGGUACUCACAGUGGCCGUAACCCUUACCCCAACCCGUACAAGAGCUCCUCUCUGGAGUCCCUCCCUUCUGCACGCCUCCACGGGCCACAUCCCCUGAGAGAGGCAUCCUCCAUGCAGCUGCUGGAACACAUUUUGGGGAAACCACGCCUGGCUCAUGCCCUAUGUGACUAUGCCCCGCCGCACACCGCCCACCUGCACUUCCUGCGCGGUGACCUCAUCGACCUGUUGGACUGCUCCAGCUCACGUUGCUGGAGGGGGCGCUGCCGCGGGCGAGUUGGAGUCUUUCCUCCACAGUGCGUGCAACCGUUGUACCACUGA